UUCUGCAGAAAUAACAACAACUAAAUAUCCCUAGAUAGAUUAAUCUAAAUCUAUUUGUAACGCUCUAUAAUUUUCUAUUACUAGAAUAUAGAUUUAUAGGUAGUCUAUAGAUCUAGAUCUUAUAGUUUUAGUUUUACUUAAUCUUAUCUAUAUAUUUGAUAACGUUGAAUUUGAACAAUGAAGAGAAAAGCCUCUGGGAGAGCUGCUUAUGAGCAGCCAGCCAAGCUCCGUAAAGAGUCCACAAAGACCACUAUUGAAGCAGUUUUAGAACUAUCUAAAGAGAAAACAGUUCAGAAAGCUCCUUUUGAACCCUUGAGGCUUGGUUCUUUUCGUCAAAGAAAAGCCCCAUCAUGGCUAUCAUCCUACGUGACAAACAGCACAGUAAAGGAAACACCUAAACAUUCAUCAGCCAAAGAUUCUCCUUUGCUUGUUAAAGGCAAAAGCAAAACUGUAAAAGGAGAUACAAGAAAAGAAUCUGAAAAUACAAAUGACAAUCCAUCAUUAAGGAAACAGAAAACAGUGAAAGUUACAGAUUCUUCUAACAGUUGUUCCAAAGCCAAAUCCAUUACGAAGACUACUUCCAAACAAGCAUCAUUGUCAAAAAAACCCACAGAAAUACUCAGCAAAAGUAACAGUGACUCUGUAAUGAUACCAUUAGCUAUAACAGAAAUAGUUUCAGAAGUAAAAAACGAUGUGAUAAAAUCCGAAUCAGUCACAAGUUGUAUGAAUGAAUCUUCAAGCCUUGGUGUGAUGAGUAAAACCAAUGAUGUGAAAAAUGAAAUCAAGUUAGAUUUUAAAGAAGACUUCCUACCUGAACAGAUGGGCAAGCCAACAAUGCUGGAAGUUGUUAUUUGCAUUAGUACAUCAGGUGCCAUGCAGGACUAUCUUGAUGUAUUGCAGGACAAGACUAGGGAAAUGGUCUGGAGACUUCAGUCUCUCAUUCCCAAUCUUCGUAUCGGUGUCUUCGCUCACACCCAGGGAGGUAUUCAUGAUGACAAAGUUGUUGGCCAAAGUAGUUCUGUUGAUCACAACUAUAUUCGCACUGGUGGACAUAGUGGAACCAAGUGGCUUGACUUGGGGGCUACUUAUUCACAGAUUUGUGGAUUUGUAGGCAGCUUAGAACCUGAAGCUACAGUUUACCCUGACUAUGUUCAAGACAACCUGGAGAUGGCUCUGUGGAAGCUACAGAGAUGCAUGAGCUGGAGUUCUUGCAGCUACCGUACAGUCAUUAUGCUUGGGAGAGGAAGACCAAACAGAACUAGCUUCUACCUACAAAGAGAACACUGGAGAGGAUGGAUUAGAUCAGCUUUAGAAAUUUCUAAGAAAACAGACAUUCCUGUCAUUGACUGGGAGCUGGAAGCUAAAUUGCUGGCACAGAUGGGCAUCCAUGUUUUCACCAUACAGGCCUUGCCCACAGCUAGUACACUAGGAGAAGAAGAGGAAGAUGAAGGUUCUUUGUUCUUCAGAAGAGUUGCUGAAAUCACCAAUGGCCUGAAUAUAAGAUUGAAUGAUGCCAGUAAGCUGAUAGAUAUCCUGGUUGGAGUCUGUUGUGCAUGCUACGGCCCUGAUUUACUGCAGGAGCACAGAGAUUUGUUAAGAGAUGAAAAUGAUGGAGUUGUACCUGAACAACUGAAAGACAUUUUCAUCUCAUUGCAGCUGCACAGCAAAAGAAGGUCACUUUGCACAAUGCCCUCUGUAAUUGGCGAUCUCAGCCUUGUGCGCAGGCAGCUGGCUGAAACUGACUCAAAUGGCAACAUGAGUGGAUCCGAAGAGGAUAUGUCAGACGAGGAAGGCCCUGGUGCCCAGGAUGUCACAAAUCAAACCCAAGUCCCCAUUGUGACAAGCACUGACACUUCAGUCAAUGCUGAUGUCAAAUCUGUGGCAGCAAAGCCCCGAUCUAAAGCUAGCUUAACGGUUAUCAGCAAAAAAGUAAAAGCAGCAAAAGUAUUAAAAGUUGGUAGCAAGAAAACGCUGGCUAGUAAGCGAUUACCUUCUCUGCUUAAGAGUCCAACGAAAAAAGUGAAAAAGCCAGUAGAUAAACCUGCAAUACUUGCUACAAAGACAAACAAAAACUCUUUAAAAAAUUCUAAAUCCACUGACAAAGUUACCCCAUCAAAUAAAAAGAAAACUUCUUUAAAACUUCUUCAGCAGAAAAAGACAAACAACUUACUAAAAACAAAAAUAAAUGGGACCACUAAAAAGGUGGCUGCAACUCCAAAGAGUAAAUUAAAGCCCAUCAAAAAGUCUUCUAAAGACUCUGCUAAAUGUAAACCAGCCUCUAAAAAUGACUCUAAGCAGAAACAAGUAAGUAAAUCUGUUCAAGGUAAAGCAGCAAGUAAAAAGUUACAAGGUAAAACUUCAGUAGGCAAAACUAGAUCAGUCCCUUCGAUGGGUAAAGGUAAAUCCAUUUCUUCAUUAAAGAAAGGUAAAUCAGUUCCAUCUGUUAAGAAAGGUAAAUCUGUUCCUUCAUUAAGUAAAGUGAAGUCCAAGAGUUAAAUGUUUCAUACAAGUGCCUUAUUGUUUUAAGUCCAUUACUAGUUAAUGUCUUUGUUAUGCUCAGCAGAAAAAAAAAUAUUUAUUGAAAUAGUUGUUAAAUUAUACAAUUUAUUCUAAAUUAUUUGUGUACUUGUGUGUGAUAGACUUGUUUACUAUUCAUCUACUGUGACCAGUCCUAUUUAUUUUAUUUGAUAGCAUUGCCUUAGUAUGUCUUUUGUGUGCAGUUGGCAAUCAUAGAAGAAGAAAUAAUUGCAAUUAUUAUUUGAGAGAUCAAGAUAUGACAAUAAAAUAUUUAUAACUAUAUAUGUUGUACUUAUGAAAAUAGAAGUAGUUAAGUGACUAUGCAUAAUUCACUAUUGUACCUGCGGUAGUCAUUGUAUAUGUUUGAAUCGUCAAAAUGGCUAUGAGGGACAUCUACUUUUUGUUAACCCUCAAUUUUUUUUUCUACUAGAAUAGGCAACAUUCCCCCUUUUUUCUACCAUGUAAAUAAUCACCUAAGUUUUGAUUCAACUCAAUAUUGAUUUGUUUCACUAAUAUUUUCAUUUAAAAUGUAUCUCUUGAAUAUCAGCUUCAAUUAUAUGUCAGUUCUCUGGUAAUAUCUGUAUUUGACAUUAUGAAUUAAUCUUAACUAAAAUUAAAAUCAGACAUAAAAACUUGUAUUGAACCAAGCUGAACUGUUUAAUUAUGAAUAGUCCAAUGCUCAAAUCAUCUCAUUUACUAAUACUAUUGACUAUCUAGAAUACAAGAAGCAUUACAGGAUAAUCAGCUCAUCUCGUUAAAUUUCCAGACGACACUACCUCAGAGUAAUUGUUACCUGAUUUAAUUAUAGCUCUGGGCUUAUGUAUGUAGCAGUGUGCACAUCAGUGAAGUUUACAAUCCUUUUUUUCCCUCUGUGCUUCUCUUCCCUGGGAGUAGGCAUGUCUAUUAAAGUAUAAGUCAAUAGCAAAGGAUCAAAACUGCUGUACUUAUCCUAUUUGGUAGAUUUAGACUUUGUUAUUGCUUCAAUUCAGUGGGUCCACACUGCAGUGAUCCUGUGCUGAGUGUUCUGGAGGAAACAAACAGGUUUUUGUGUAAGAAGUGUGGGCCACUUGUUGGUUAAAGAGAUGAUAUUGACAAGUUCUAAUAUAAUGAUAAUCAAGCCGUUUUAUCUAUGGUCUGGUCAGGAUCUUACUGGAGUUUGAAACUCUUAGUAUGUUUCUGUAACUGACAAUUUGUAUGGUCAUAUUAUGCAACAUAAAGGUAAAUUUUAUUAAUAUUUCUGAUUAAAAAAAAGACAUUUGUUCUUGGAUGGAAGAGCCUUAAGCUUUGUGACUUAAACAAUUCUCAGGUGUUUUUUUUUUAAUGGUUUAAAAAUAUUUAACUUUACUUUUUUUAAAAGAGAUUCUAGUUAGUUUUUUUUUUUUUAAUAUAAAUGAAUAAAUAUCUAGAUAGAUAUAAUUUUCAUGUUUUAAACAGUUCACUUUGAAGUGGAGGUGGUGAAAAUGUUAAUAAUGUGUCUGGUAGUUAAUGUAUAAAAACAAGCAACUGCAUUGUAUAUAUAUAUAUCAAAUUGAAGGCUCUUUUGUUAUUUUAGGUCAACAUGUUUAAAUUUGAAUUUAUAUUUAUGCAAAAUUAAGCAAACUAUCAGAUAUUUGUAGUUUUUUAUAGUUUCUUUUAUUAUAUAAGAAAUACAUUUUUUAAAUUCUGAAAUGAAGCCAGUUAUUUUUGAAGGGCAAUUUUCUUUUUUUUUUAACAAAUAAUUUGUUUGAUCUUAUGAGAUUUGAUAGCAAUGAUCUCCGUGUGAGUUUAAUACCCAUCUGAGAGAUCUCUGGACUACUCAGUAUACUAAGGUUAUACUAAGUAAAAUAUUUGACUUCAAGCAUAUAGCUAGCAACUAUUAAAAUAAAUGUCAAUCCUCUUUUUGGGCAAAGAUUGUUUUCAUUUGCAUUCUGCUUUUUUUUUUUUUUUUUUGCUUAAUUUUUUAAAAUUAUUUAAUUUUUUAACUUUAAAAUGUACACUUGAGUUUUUUAUGUUAUAAAUAUAUGAAUUUUCUUAUUUUUUAAAUAGAUUUACUUUAUUUUGAAAGGUUUUAUCUACUUUAAUAAAUGUUCAUGAAGAAAUGUUUUAUCCCCCCUACAGAUAGUAUAGGUAGCACUUAGCAGUAAUGCAGCAUAUUUUAAAAUUAAAAUGGUAAACAAAAAAAGUAUUUUGUAUAUUUUCAUUUAGUGGUUUAGUUUGGAAUGAUAGUUUUUAUCUUUGAUAAUGUCAUGCAUUGGGUGUUGUUUUAUUGUGUAAAUAUUUAAAAUGAGAUUACUGGUUAGUAAAUAAUUAUGUGUUUUUGUGAAUUAUUACUUGAAUGUAGCACUGAUAUCAUAGGAUCAAGUCAUCAUUUCAUCUGUGCCCAACAUUUAAUUGAUAGUCUGAGAAAUGCUGAAACCACUAGUUUGCCAAUGUUGACUAAUGAUAUAAUGAAUGGAUGUGCCAUUUGAUAGUCAUUCUUAAAUCUAUGUAUUCCUUUUUUUUUAAAUAUACAUUAAUAGCAAUAUUUGAAUGUGUAAAAUAAAAAUAUUUAUAUUUCCAAUAAAUGUAGCUUUUGUAUAUGUUAUAUAAAUUUGUAUUUAAUUUAGAAAUUACUAAAAAUGUCUUAUCAUAGAUUCAAUACUUGUGAUAAAGCAAACAUAUGUAACGAUUUAUUUUAUUAAAUUAUUUCUCUUAAUACUUUUAGUUUAUUUUACGUGCUAGCAUUAAAGAUGAGGAGAAAUAGAUAACUGUUUGGCUAAAGCUAGUUGCAUUUAUGUUGCCCAACAUAGAAGAAUUAGGGUGUGCAGUCUUUCCUUGAUUCAAAGUGUAGCAGGGAAUCACAACUUAUCUACAUGGCUCUGCUACUUGGUGUGACAUCUGAAUUUAACUUGAACAGGUAUUUAUGAAGUAGAUAGAUAAAUGAAAUUCCCAUAUGAUAUAUCUGGGUUAAAAUAUGCCAAAAUUUAAAAAGUACUCGAGUGUUUUAACACAAUACAUAUAUGUAGUUUAAAACAAUUGAGCUUUUUUCAAAGGGGAGAGUCGGGUUUUGAGUUGCUUAAAGUAAUUUGUUCAUUAUUAGAUGUCUAUUUUAGCAAAUUGUUUCAUAUUAUUAUAUGUUGAUGUGAUUAUAGUUAAGAUUUUGCGACAGCAUAAAACAAAUGGGUACUUUUAUCUAAUUGUUUAAUUAAAGCUAAUCCCAGUAUUUGUUUUCAUAGUUAAUUUAUGAUGUAAAUGGAUCGACUCUAUGACACUUGCACCUUCAAUACCGGUCACUUAGUUGAGUAAGUCCAAAGGGAGAAUUUAAUAAAAUUAGAGUGAUUUGAAAUGUCGUCCCAUCCAAAAGGUCAUAAGUCUAGUUGAAGUGACAAAAGAAGUGAUCAGAGAAUGAAAAGGGUUCCAUGACAGGGCCUAGGAGUCUGUAGAAAAGUAAGAGAAACAAACUCAUUGAAGAAAACUUUUAGCCUCAAGUUGGGAGAAUUGUGAUAUAGUGAAAUUGUUUUAUCUCAUAUAGGGCAACCCAUUAAAUGUAUUCUGUACAUAAUCACUCCUAAAAUACUUGGUCCAUUAUGACAUAGUAGGCUGCCUACAGUUCCCUAGUUCUUGACCUCCAGCACUUUCUACCAUUUGAAGGACAAGGGUUGUCCACUUACCCAUUGCUUAGACCUGCUUUUAGCCUUUGAAAAUAGAUCACAUUGUUCCAGCAGCAUCUCAAUUAUAAUAUGGUCGAAUGAUGCCCAGAUCUCUCCUCAGGCAUUAUUGUUAUAACAUAUUUUGUCUUAGAAGUACCGGUACAGUAAGGCUAAAGGCUAAAAUUUUUAUAUAUAUAUAUGUUCUUUAGAAAUGUACACUAUAUAAUUGUAUCAUUUUUCAAGAAUGUUCUUCAAUUGCUUUCUUUGUUGGACAAGAAAGAAGGUUAACAGUUACAAUUUAUUUUUAAUUAUUUUUUUUUGCUUUCACAUUUAAUUGCGAUGUGUAAUAUAAAGUAAAAAAAAAAAGUUUCCCUUUCAGACCUUGCGAUCUUUGGGGCAGAUGAUGUUAAGGUGUAAUGUGUUGAAUUUUAAUUCCCUCUUUAGACCUUAUUAAAGUCUUGAAAUUAUUUUUAAUUUCAAAAUAGAAAUAUUUUUUGUGACAAACAGCAUUGGUGUUUGAGGUCAAGUCAGCAGAGAACUUUUUUCAGUUCCCAGUUCUGAACUUUUCAGUAAGAGUAAGAAAUAUUUGGGUUCAACUCUGACUGCUGAAAACAAAUGAGACAGGGUGAUAUUGUACUUAUAACAACAAAUUAACAUUACUUAAAUAGGUCUUAAAUAAUUGAAGGAGUUUGUAUACUUCACUUCCUGCUCACAGUUCCAUGUUGUUAAAUGCAUUGAUUUCUCUACUGUUUCUAAAGAAAGAUAGAAAAAAACAGACCACAUUUUGUAUCACUCGUAUACUUAUUAUAUUUUUGUUUGAAUGGAAACCAAUUAGUCCAUGAAUGAAAGAAAUGAACUAGAACAGAGCUUGUCUUUGACUAGUAUAGAAUGUAGAUUAUAGCAAUCUUUAUAUAUAUAUAUAUAUAUAUAACAACUUUGAAGACUACUCUGCUGAUUGAUGUUAUUCUUUUAAAAUGUCUUUUUGAUUUUGUCAAUGUUUAACAAAAUGCUGAAUGUUCUGCACACGUAUAUUUGUAUUUUGAAUGGUUGGAGGAUUUGAAUAACAUGUAGCCUUUAUUUCAUUGAUUAAAUUAACAAUUGACAUGUUCAUUUUUCUCAUGACCAUAAGACUAAAGCUUUAUCUCAUGUGAAUCAUACUUCUGUUCAUUGUUAACUAAAAGAAAGACAAAUAUAUAAUUUGAAUGUCUUUGCGCACAUGUAUGCAUAAGAUAAUAAAACUAUGACAUAUUCCUCUU